AUGUCCGACAAGCCCGUAAUACUCUUGACAGGCGCAUCGCGCGGGCUGGGACUGGCCAUCCUGAAACUGCUUCUCAGCGGCUCCUCUUCCACUGCUGCCUCGUUCCCGGCGUGUCGGGUGGUGACCAUCUCCCGGUCGCUUCCCUCCGAGCUGUCGUCGCUCCAAUCUGCGCACUCCUCUGACCUUAUUUGCGUUCAGGGCGAUGUGACGUCGGCGUCGGUCAAUGCUGACGCAGUGCGCGCGGCCGUGGACAAGUUCGGGCGGCUGGACAGCGUCGUGUUCAACGCGGGCGUGGUGUCCACGGAGAGGAUCGCCUCGCUCAGCCCGGAAUCGUUUGCGGAGACGCUCAACAUCAACACGGUCUCGCUCGUGACAACGCUGUCUGCGGCGCUGCCGGAGCUGCGCAAGUCUUCGCUGGGUACUGCGGUAUUUGUGUCGAGCGGUGCGGCGACGGGAAACACAGGCGGUUGGGCGGCGUACAACGCCUCGAAAGCCGCGCUGAACGCUAUCGCUCGCACGCUGGCGAACGAGGAGGACAAGGUUGCCGCAUUUGCUGUGAGACCGGGUGUGGUGGAUACCGAUAUGCAGACGCUGUUGAGGAGCUCAGGGAAGGGAGCGAUGAAGGAGCAGGAGCUCGAGAGAUUCUUGUCACUGCACAAGGAGGGCAAGCUGUUGAGGCCCGAACAGCCUGCAUUUACCAUUGCUGCGUUGGCGGCCAAGGGCAGCAGGCAGGAGCCGAAGGGCAAGGAUGGUAAAGGGUUGGGCGAGCAGGGUGCGUUUGUCACUUGGAACGACGAGGUCCUGGUUGGGUUCAAGAGCGAGUAG